AUGGCAAUGCUAGCCCCCAAAACCGCUUUCGCGCCGCCCCUGGGCUCCGGUAACCCCAUGAUGCCCAACCUUUCGGCCGGCUCCGUGCCGCCCUCACGACGUGCCCCUUCCGUUCCCAACCAGACAACCGCUUACGCGAGCCCGACCGAGUCUGAGUUUUCCGAGAGCGACGGCCCCGACGCCGUCAAGAACUGGGACGAAGACAAGGUCUGCGAGUACCUCAGGAGCGCCAAGUGCGGCGAGUACGAAAAGCUCUUUCGCAAGAACCAUAUCAAUGGCGAGAAUCUCCUUGAGCUCGACAAGGAUGUCCUCAAGGAGAUGGGCAUCGACAAGGUCGGCGAUCGCGUCCGAUUGUUCCUCGGCAUUAAGAAGUUGAGGACCAAGGCCUAUGCCAACCAGAAGAAACGGAAUAGAGAUUCGUUUGGUGGCCUCGACCAGUUCACGCCCUCUUCCGGCGGCUCGCCCCGCCCUUCUGCCUCUGCCACCCGCCCCGCCCCCGCCCCUUCCAUGAACAAACGCUACUCGAGACAAUACGACACCAUACCCCUUGAGAGCACUUCUUCCCGUCCCAACUCGCCCCUCCCCGGAUCCGAUGCUAUCCGACCCCUGCGCACGCGGUAUGGCCAAAGCCCCGGCUACGUGAGUACCGCCGGGCAGUCCGUCCCCCAACCCGGCCGAUUGGUAACUUCCCAUACCAGGAAUAACUCCAGUAUGGAUGGUUCACUGAUGGCUGGCUUACCGCAGAAUCAGGAUGUCAUCCGCGUCAUUUCCACUGGUGGUGUCACAAAAGUUGUCAAGAUCGCCGACUGCAACACGUGUGAAGAGGUCAUGCGAGUCACCCUUAGAAAGUUUGCCUUGCGGGAGGACCACGAGCGGAACUACUGUUUUUGGGUCCUGGCCGGCAUUGAGCCCGACCCCAAUCAGUGCCGUCGCCUCGGCGAUACUGAGCUCUGGCGCAUCAUCAAGGACCAGAAGCGCCCCGAGCGGAACCGCUUGAUUCUCCGCCGCGUUCCCGCCGGCGAGCCGGGCAUGCCUGAGCUCGAAAGAGCUGCGGGCAUCGCCAUCGAAGAGGCUCAGCAAAACCACAGCCGCGCCCUCGAGACCGUCGACAAGAGGAGCCAAAUGAAGGUCCAGAAGCUGCUCGGCGAGAGAUGGAACGAUGAGCUUCAACAUCCGCUUUCCCCCGUUUCCUUCCAUGACCGGGAGCGCAACGUCUACAACACAGCCAAGGAACUCGAGCGUCCCGCCUCCAACGACGGCCCCAGAUCGAGCGGCGGGCCGCGUAGGAAUAAGGGCCUUCUGCGGUCGUUCGGCGGUCUGCGCCCUCCCAGUGAGCUCAUCGCCUCCGACCUCACUUCAUACUUCCCCGACCACCCCAGAGAGGAGAUUGACCGGACCGCGCGCUUGUCCAUGAGACGAUCGACUCGCUUGAGCAAGGUGAACAGCCGUCUGAGCGUGGCAAGCAACCUGAGCUUCGCGUCCAGCAUCCAAGACGCUCCGCCCAUUCCCACCAUCGCGGACAGCUGGCUUCAUGCUGGUAGCGCCCCCAAGGCUCGUUCUGGCCUGCGUGUCGCCCAUUUCCGUGAUUCCGUUGCCUCUUCGGUACUUGGCACGUUGCAGGAGGAAUCGCCCGUGGAGCCGAACCGCAAGUCGUACGUGUCGUUUGCUGACAGCUCCGAUGGCGCUAGUGCGGCCGCUCUGAGCGUUACCGACCCGGAAGGCAACAUCACUCGACGUAGUUACUUUGAUGCCGACGGCUCCACCGGGUCGGGGUCUCUCAAGGAUCUUACGCAGGCACUAAACGAGGAUGGCGAAGAUGCCGACGAGGAGCUCGAGAGCUUUCUCGCGGGAGAGUCUUGGUCCGACGACAAGUGGAUGAAAGGAGCCAUGAUCGGCCAGGGCUCCUUUGGCUGCGUCUACCUAGCACUUCACGCUGUCACCGGUGAGCUUUUGGCGGUCAAGCAGGUUGAGGCGCCGGCGCCAGGUGCCAACAGCCAGAACGACGCGCGUAAGAAGAGCAUGAUUGAGGCCCUUAAGCGGGAAAUCAGUCUGCUCCGCGACCUCCGACACCCGAAUAUUGUUCAGUAUCUCGGUUGCAGCUCGUCGUCCGAGUACCUCAACAUUUUCCUCGAGUACGUCCCCGGUGGCUCGGUGCAAACCAUGCUCAACUCAUACGGUGCCCUGCCCGAGCCCCUCGUCCGCAGCUUCGUACGCCAGAUCCUCACGGGUCUAUCGUAUCUGCACGACCGCGAAAUCAUCCACAGAGACAUCAAGGGCGCCAACAUUCUUGUCGACAACAAGGGAACCAUCAAGAUUUCCGAUUUCGGGAUUUCCAAGAAGCUCGAGGCCACCAACAUACUCUCGGGGGCGAACAACAACAAGCACCGCCCUUCACUACAGGGGUCCGUAUUCUGGAUGGCCCCCGAAGUCGUCAAGCAGACUUCCUACACCCGCAAGGCCGACAUUUGGUCGUUGGGAUGCCUGGUUGUCGAGAUGAUGACGGGCACCCACCCUUACCCCGACUGCAGUCAGCUGCAAGCCAUCUUUAAGAUUGGCGGUGGCAAGGCCGCGCCCACGAUCCCGGAUCACGCAUCCGACGAAGCAAAGACAUUUCUUGCCCAGACGUUCGAGAUGGACCACAACCUGCGCCCAAGUGCGGACGAGUUGAUGCUCAGUCCCUUCCUGACUUCCAUCACAUGA